GCGAGACUCUGACCGCGCGCGGGCGGCGGGGCAGGGAGGGCGGCCGGGAGGGCAGCUGCCCCGGCGCGCGCGUGUGCGCCCCUCGCGGCCCUCGCUCAACCGCGACCUCCGCGCUGAGUUUCUGGGGCCCCGCCACGCGCACAGCCAUGGUUGGCCGGCUCAGCCUGCAGGAUGUCCCUGAGCUCGUGGACACGAAGAAGAAGGGCGACGGCGUCCUGGACAGCCCGGACUCGGGGCUGCCCCCCAGCCCUAGCCCCAGCCACUGGGGGCUCACGGCGGCUGGGGGGAGCGGUAGCAGCGGGGAGCGCGCGCCGGCCCCUGGGGCGCUGGAGCCUGACGCAGCGGCAACCCCCGCGGCCCCGAACCCUGCAUCUCUCCCCAACACACUGGCUGUUGGCUGCUCACCAAGGCUCUGCCCCCUGUCCUUUGGCGAAGGAGUGGAGUUUGACCCCUUACCACCAAAGGAAGUAAGGUACACUUCCUCGGUCAAGUAUGACUCAGAGCGGCACUUCAUUGAUAACGUGCAGCUGCCCCUGGGCCUGGCAGUGGCGUCCUGCAGCCAGACGGUCACCUGUAUCCCCAACUGCACAUGGCGCAACUACAAGGCUGAGGUGUGCUUUGAGCCCCGCCACAAACCCACACGCUUCCUCAGCACCACCAUUGUCUACCCCAAGUGCCCCAAGAUCAUCUACACCACCACCCUGGAUUACAACUGCCACAAGAAGCUGAGGAGGUUCCUGUCCAGCGUGGAGCUCGAGGCCUCAGAGUUCCUGGGUAGCGACUGCCUCUCGGAUGAGUGCUGACUCGAGACGGCUGGCUGGGGUCCAACCAGCUGUUCCGCUGCUGUCCUGGUCCCCAGACCACCCUGGGGCAAGCGGGACAACAUUGUCCUUGCACAUUAUUCCAGCCCCAGAGGAGUCUAACCUGGAGAUACCUCUAAACCCAGCCAUGGGAAGAAGAAAAAAACUCACUGUAUCUUAUAAUCGUGGAGAUACUUGGCUUCGUUUUUUCAUUUUCAAAUUGUUUUUAAAAGGAGUAGAUUUCUUCCUGUUGCAGUUUCCCCAAGGUCUCAGUUGGAUGAGAAAAUGAGGGAGGGUGGAGGUGAGCUCUCCCUCCCAGUCCAGUGUGCAUGAGGAGCAUGCAUGAAAAGUCCCUGGGGUGCAAAAAAGUGAGUCGUAAGAAAUUUCAGCCCUGGGGGGAUCUUCACUGCUGCAGAAGGGGAGUGAGUUCAGUGGGUUGAGACAUCCACAUGUGUCCAGUCUCUGGAGCAUGGAGUUCCAUUCCAUUUUUAUUUCCACUUUGAUAUGUAUUUCCUAUUAACCAAAACUCUUGGAAUCCUCUAGAUCUUUUUUACGAUACUGAACCCCCUCCUCCCCCCAAACCACAAUAGGAGAUGCCUUCAGAAGGAAAACCCACCCUGUUCUCUGUCUGCGUCGGUUUGGGAGCAGUGGCCAGGUCUGGCUCCUCACAGGUUGGCUCCAGGAGCGGCCCUGGCAGAGCCUUGCACACUUGGCAUCUGGUUAAUGUCUCUGCAGCCUUGAGUAACUCUCUUGAUAGGUAUUUUGGGGUUUCAAAAUGCUUUCCCAUUUUUUUCAUAAGGCAAAAUGUAGCGGAGGGCUCUUUUUGAGAGAAACGGCAUUUUAAAAGAAUGCUUUGGAAAAACACUUGUUGGGACUCCAGGAGGAAGGUUUCCAUGGACGGCCAUGCUGAAGGCUAACUGCCACCAAGAGGCGGAUGUCCAUGUUUCUGUGACCUGGAUCGUCACCUGCAAGUGUCUACAUGGACUCAUCCUUAGGAUUUUGGUGGUGUUGAAAUUGCAGAGGAAUUGGGUCUAAUCCAAAAAGCAAACGAUCUUGCUUAAUUACCCUCCCCCGCCACCUCCAUGUUAAGCUAAGGUGAAUUCAAAAUAGAGAAUGAUGUCACAAUUCAAACUACAAACCCAAACAUUUCUUUUUUACCACUGUAUACAAGGAAGUGACCAUGAGUCAGGCAUGAACCAAACAUGUUCUCCAGCCAGUGCGUGGCACCACCUACAGCAGCAGAGACUGGGCUGGAUGGGUAUAGCCACCACCCCCCCACACCCCCAGCCCUGGUCCUGGCCCCAGCCUUUGCUUCUGAGAACCUCCUGCCAAUCCCUGUCAUGCUGGAGAAAAGAAAGUGGCAGAUUUUUCCCCCAGUAUUGGAAAGAACAGACUGUACAUAUUUCCUUUGAAUAAAUCCAAUGUCAAGUGCUCCAGGGUUCCAGAGUAACAUAAGCUUGGCCUCCUAUCGUAUCUGGGUUUCUGUGGAUGACUUCCAUCUGGCCUGAAAGCAGAAUUAAGAGCUCUCUGGGUCCCCUGGAGCCGCAGCAGGGACUUUUGUUAUCUUGGAAGCAGGUGCUGUGAUAGUCAAAAUCAUUUAAAAGCAAUGAAACCCUCUAGAGCCAUGCUGUCUGAUGUCCUCUCCAGACAACAGCGUCUGGCCUGCUGUGCUCCUAAGGAACAGGACACGUCCCCUCGUCCCCUCGGAUGGAGCCGCAGUCAGCUUUAUGGUCCCAGUUUGCCAGGGAUCCAGUGAGGGGGACAUUCUGGGACCCCACAAUCUCCUUAGUCAUGUGCACAGCAAUGAAUGCUGCCUGCCUUGGGAAAAGCAAAUUGUACAGCACUCAUUGGCAAAAGUGGGUUUUCUGUCUGACUCUAACAUUGAAGUGGUAAAUGUAAUUUGAAAAUUAUGCUAGAAUUCCCAAGGCUUUGCUCUGCCCCGAGGCUGGAUGAUCUCAGAACGACAUUGUGGGCAGUGUGGCAGGAGAGAAAUGUGGCCUUUGAACAUAGUAGUGUUUUUGAGGUGUCCUUAAGAGAUUUUUUUUCUUUUUUUGUCUUAGAGGGAUUGUGUGUUAAGUACAGAACCUGAACUAUAUCAGUAAAGUAAGUAGACAUGAGGGCUGGCGGAUGUGUAAUGAGAGUGGAAAAGCAGGUUUUAUUUUGUUAAGUUAGCCGCUGGGGAGCCAGCUGUCGUUCUUUCUCAUCUUCUGUUCCCCCAACCUGCUUGCUGGAAGUCGCAGAAACGGAAGGAAGCACGUGAGCCCCUGUGGAACACUCCAGUCGGGUCAGAUGUCGCCGGUAGGUUGAUUAGUGUUAGUUUGCAAAGGGGAAGCAGUGAUUUUUUUCAAGCUUGCUGAUUUAAAAACUAACAUUCCUAAGUGUGUGUGAGACAUGCAGUUUGUUAAUUAAAAAGCUUUUUGCUCAGUCUUAAAUUAUGGCUUUUGUGUAAUAAGGAUAAUUUGUAUUUUCAGAAAAAAGUUGUUUUUCCUUCAAAUUACAGACUUUUAAAGAGACUUAAGUUGAACAAGUAGCUUUUCAUUUGACUCUUCCUGAUUUUAACCUUAGAAAAUCCAAAAUAGCAUUUGACAAAAACUAUGUGGAAAAAUUACCUUUGACAUCUGUCUCAGUCUAAUUUUCUUUGUGAC